CCGAAAGUAUGUUGUAAUGAAAAAAAUUAAGGUAUACAGGUUCUAUUCUUUGGUUUUUCAGUCAGACAGAUACACUCCUGAUUAUAAGAAACCACAAUUAACUGGGGCAAACAAAACUUAUCAAAGAUAAAUACCUAAUGCUACGGUUUUAACGGAAAAAUAUUUUAUAAACAACAAAGCAUUAGAAACAUUUGCAUGCGGAUGUAAUGUAGUGAUUUUUGUGACCAAUUUGGAUGAAUAGAAGUGUUUUUAUACACACAUAUGUGUGAAAAAUUAGUUACAAUGUCAUUCGGGGAUGUGGAUAUUAAUCCGGAUGAAUAUCCUUCAGAAGAUAUUGAGGAGUAUCAAGCAAUAAAUUUAAAUACAAACGUAAGCACGGAGAGGAAUAAUAUUGUGGAAGAAGUUUAUUCCUAUACCGAUACUAGUACCAUUUUUUACAAUAACAACAUCUCAUCUUCAGUGGAAAAUUUAAUUGAAACAACUAACGAUCAAAAUAUUUGGGAAGAUGUUCAAACUUUUUCAGAAAUAAAUCCGGAUAGCGGUUCAGUACAACAAAUAGUUGAAAAUAUAACUAGUUCCUUACCUGAUGAUGUUAUUCUGGAUUAUUUUGAUGAAUCUACCAAAUUAAGAAGUGGGUUAAACAACACCUUUUCGGACAAUAUAAAUAUAUAUCUAACUACUCCUUUCAUUGAAAAACCUACAGGUAACACAUUAAAUAACAACGUUUCUUCUAUUGUUACAACAACUAACCCUCUUAUCAUGGAUAAUGUAACAGAUUUGUUAUCAGAAAAUGUAAUCAAAGAUUAUUUUAUUGUAUCUGAUAAUCUCAUAGAACAGUCAUCUGUAAAUAUAACACACAUUACUAAUGUUGCUUCAGUAAAUACAGAAACAGCUCAAAGUUUGUCUGAUACAGUUCUAUCAAACAUAAUUACUGAAAAUCAUGAUCUUACUGAAACUGUAACUCAUUUAAUUGAACAGUCUAUAGAGGUAACAUCGAAUAAAAAUGCUACAGACGUGGUUACAGACGCAAUUCAUCAUACAAUAGAAAAUGUAACAACUAAUUUAAUACCAGAAAAUGUGAUUAAAGAUUAUUCUAUUGAAUCUACUAACAUUAUAAAUGAAAUUUCUAAUGUUACUUCUGUAAUUAGAAAAACUGUACAACAUUUGUCUGAUACAGUACUUUCAGACAAUAUUAAUAAAGAUCAAGAUCUUACCGAAUCUUUAACUAAUUUAAUUGAACAAUAUGUAGAUGUAACAUCAAAUAAAAGUACUACAAGUUUAGUUACAGAAACAGUUUAUCGUACAAUAAAAAAUGUAACUAAUUUAAUCCAAGAUUAUUCUAUUGAAUCUGCUAACAUUAUAAAUGAAACAUCUGUAAACAUAAAACCAAAUUCAAGUGUCACUUCUGUAAUUACACAAACUGUACAACCUAUGAUAAGAAAAUUGUCUGAUAUAAUUCGUUCCGACAAUAUUAUAAAAGAUUAUGAACAAAAUUAUGAGAAGAAAUUUACAAUUCCUGUAACUGAAAUGGAUAAAAAUAUCAAUAUUUUUACAAGUAAUAAUUCAGUAGAUCUAUCAUCGAAUAUUUCGAAUUUGUUUUCAAAAAAACUUAAGGUAUUACACAGCUUCAACAAAAAUAUUGCGUCAUCAACCAAAUAUUUUGAAAACAUGAAUACAAAAACAGAAUCUUCACAAAAUUCAAUUGGUUCCACUCCUAACAUUUUGAAUAUCCCAGAAAUAUCAAAAUUUAACCUGUCUUCACAAGAACAUUCUGGAAUUAUGGAGUCUAAUCUAAAAAAUCAUCUAUCUAUAGCAUCUCGAUUUGGCGAUAUUGAUAUAACAAAUACAAUUAAUAAUGACAGAACUGAUAUGAUCAAUUCAACACAUGACAAUGUAACUACUCUGUCCACAAAUAUAUCUGAAGUAGCAAUGGAUAAAACUUAUUUCGAUUCUAAUGAAUGGAUAUUUUAUGUGAUAGCAGGAUUUGUUAUUACACUUAUAAUACUAACAUCAAUAAUAAUAUUUUUCCUUCACAUCAAAAGGAAAAAACAUUUUAGAAGAUCAUAUCAAGUUUCGGAAUUGUCAGAUUUUAGUAAAGGUGAUUUAAUUGUUUGACUAAAAAGUGUCUUGAUUCUUUUGUAAAUGUAAAUUUGCAAUAAUGGAAAUGUAGAAUUGUACAAUUCUAUUGCACUAUUACUAAUUUUUAAAACAUUAUUUUAACAAUUAUAGUUAGUAUUUUGUAUAAACUGUAGUAUGUAAUAUAUGAUUUUUAUAUAAAAAAAUGAGUAUCCAGCUCCUGUCCUUUCCACUAAAACUAGACAGUUCCUACGCACUCUAUUCUUAUUUGUGUGAUAUGAACCAAGUAAAUAGAAGCAUUAGUGUUCUUCUUUUCUAAGUAGGUUAAUAUUUAUAUAAUGGUUUUAGUAAGGCAGUGCGUGACAGAAUUCAAUUGCUGUAUGAGACAUUUCCUAGUAAUUAACUCUUUUGCUAAUACUAAUUAAUCUCCUAUGUGAUUUAGUAUCAUCAGAUUUUUUUAUGUGGCGACUUGUCAAUGUUGUAUGUCAACAAGCCCACAUGGCAUGAAAUCGAUAAAAUUAUGACACAUUAUGGGAGUGAAAAUCAUUUAUCCUAUGUAUUAUUGCAAACAUAACUGUAUCCUAUCUACUUCACAAUUGAACACAUUUAAAGAAGAGAGAAGAGAAGCGAAGAGAAGAGCAUCUUUUCAUAACAUACUGACCUUCAACAUUGUAAACUGUUUAGCAUUUCUCUGUAAAUAUUAUUGUGAUAUAUUGAUAAGAGAUAAGGAUUUGAGAAACAAAAAUUUAUUUUAAUCAAUAAUAGCUUCCACAAUAAAAAUGAAACUUAUUGUAUCCAUACUCUUAUUUUUAAUAUUGCAUAAAAAGUAAAACAAAAUUCUCAUCAAUAUAUUAAUGC